GGCACAGAGGGAAAGCACAUGGGAGCGUGUGUGCUGGGGAGUGGACAUAGAGAUAGCAGGCAGCAUGCAUUGGGGGGGGAGCACAACUUGUGCUCUUUGACUGAGAGUGCAGAGAGCUUGCCUUCUCUCUCGUGUGGGGGGAGCACUCACAAGCACACCUGAAAUGGGAGCAGUAGGAGCCACUGCUGAAGAACUGGUGGAGGAGCACCCACGGAAGAGUUCCUGCUGAGGGUGGAGCAGCAUCCAUGCCUGAUGAGAGACGGAGGGCUUCCAGGCAGGAGUGACAAACCACCUCCUCCCAUCUCUCCAGGGGCAAGGGGAAGGAAGGAGGCAAAGACUAUCAUGGCUGCUACUCGGAAACCUGUAAAUACCCUGGUAAUCCCUUGAGAAAACUGAGGGCAUCAUUCUUGGCUGGAUCCCACCUCAAGAAAGAGGAGAAACAAAAGAGAAGCAAAAGAAAAAGGAAUAAAGGACAAGAGAGUGAGGUCAUGUCUACACUACAAAAUUGUUGACUUAACUUACGUCAGCAUAUAGCCACAUAGUUAUAAAAUCACUUGUGUGUGCAUGUAACCCACACCUCCUGGGGGUGUUCUGUCCCAUCUAGUGGCACCGAGACCACUUAGAGAGAGAAAUGAGUUUGCUCUACGCCUUAGCAAACAGCCAGUUGGCUUUUAGCUCAUGCGGUAGAGGCUCAUGCACAAAGCUCCCGAGGUCCCUGGUUUGAUCCAGGGAUCUGUUGGUGUUACAAGUGGGGGCUUGUCUGGGAUUUCAACUGGGAAGCCAUUUGCUAAGGCUUUGGGAAGGAAAGUGAGGACAAGAGGAAAAGUCCCACCUCCAAGAAGAAUGUCUGCAAGAAGGUGGGAUUGCAGGACAAAAAGAGCAGCUGCAGCAAAGACACCCAGAUCUCAAUGGGGAAAAAGGACAGGGGCCAUCUCCACAGGAGCAGAGGGAUGAAAAGGAUGAAACUAUCUAAAAGGAAAAGUGUGCAGCCCCUACUGGAAUGUCAAAGGAAAGGUGAAGAUGCAGAUUUCAGUGCAUUGAAGGUCAGCAAACAGGAAUAGAAAGUAGAAAACCUGAGUGAUUCCAGAAGAAGCCUUAGGGACCAGGAAACAAAGAAUGGAAAAUGAGGUGGCGAGGAUGUGGCAAGACUCCCCGGGGUCCAUGGAGACUGCGCCCAGCUGCAUGCCAUCAGUGUGUGAAAAGGGCAUCUUCAGAGCUGGUAGAGCAAAGCAGAGCCAGAGAGGGAGGAGAUAAUGUUCUUCUAAGAAAGGGCCACUGUAAGUUGUGUAAAAGUCUGCUGCUGCCAUGCUGAAACAGAUGGAAGAGAACUGGAGGAAGAGGAGAUAUUAAUAGCAGGUGUGGGUACAGAGUCAGAGAACUCACUCCACUGGUUUUUAAGUUUGUCAUAGUGCUAUGAAAUUAGCCUUUCAUGUAUGCUUCAAACACUGCUGAAAGGAAGCCAUGCCUGUUGUAUGGUGCCUUCAUUAAGUACGAUUUUCAAAGGCUCAUAAUGUGGUCUGGUCAAAGCCAAUUUGCACUAGAAUGCCCUGAAGCACUUCUCAUCAAUGAUGGCUAUUCCCCUGCCAAAUUUCAACUUUUACCCCCAACUGUUUCACUGCAGCAGUUCAAAACAAAACGAAGGAAUUCUAAUCAAACAAUGGGAGUUCAGCCUGAAAACAGCAAAGCUCCAGGCGUCAGCAAUAGCCCCAAAAGUUGUCGCACCUGUUACCGGAACAUCUUUUGCAAUAUCAAGGUGUUUGUGAUUUGCCAUGGCCUCCUCCAGUUAUUCCAACUUCUUUACAGUGCUAACUUCAAGAGCAGCCUGACCACCAUUGAAAAGCGCUUUGGGCUCUCCAGUCUCUCUUCCGGCUUCAUCUCCAGCCUGCAUGAGAUUGGCAAUGUCGCCCUCAUCAUCUUCGUCAGCUACUUUGGCAAUCGAGUUCACCGCCCCCGGGUUAUCGGCUUGGGGGGCCUGCUGCUGGCCCUGGGGGCUUUCCUGGUGACCCUUCCACACUUCCUCUCUGACCGGUACGAGUUUGCCCAAACGAACACGGGUAACAACAGUCACACCAAGGCCUAUCUCUGCCACAAGGAGGAUACAUUUGUGUGUCCCAGCACCACCCAGGACCCCCACAAAGAGGCAACCAGCAUGUGGGCAUUGAUGGUCAUUGCCCAGCUGUUAGCUGGGAUUGGAACUGUUCCCAUUCAGCCCUUUGGGAUCUCCUAUGUGGAUGACUUUGCUGAGGCAAACAAUUCUCCGCUGUAUAUUGCAAUCCUGUUUUCCAUCGCUGUGUUCGGCCCAUCUUUUGGAUACUUGCUGGGGUCUGUGGUGCUGCGACUGUUUGUGGACAUUGGGAGACCUGACGUGAAUCUCAUGAAUCUGACACCACAUGACCAACGCUGGAUUGGAGCCUGGUGGCUGGGGCUGCUCAUCUCUUCCGGCUGCCUGCUGCUAACCUCCAUUCCCUAUUUCUUCUUCCCUCGGUACAUGUUCAAAGGGCAGGAUGCGGGCGCUGAGGCAGACAUGCUGAAGAAGAUGGAGAAGGCAAAGGCUGAAGAAGUCUCCUUGGCGGAAUUCAUUAAAAAAUUCCCUCGGAUCUUUCUCAAGCUGCUCCUGAACCCCCUCUUCAUCCUCCUGGUCCUGGCUCAGUGCAGCUUCUCCUCAGUAAUAGCUGGUCUCUCCACCUUCCUCAACAAGUUCCUGGAGAAACAGUAUGGCACCACCUCUUCCUAUGCCAACUUCCUCAUUGGAGCUGUGAACCUGCCCGCGGCCGCACUAGGGAUGCUUCUAGGAGGAAUUAUCAUGAAGCGCUUUGGCUUCUCCAUCAAAGCCAUCCCACGGUUUGCACUGGUGGUGCUCCUCAUCUCCAUUCUCUGCUGCCUCCCCCUCUUCUUCAUGGGCUGCCCUACACAGACCAUUGCUGGGGUUUAUCCACCCAGUACAUCAAGUUCCCAAUCACAAGCUAAGUGCCCUACUGGGUGCUCCUGUUCAGAGUACCUCUUUCACGCAGUCUGUGGAGACAACAACGUGGAGUAUAUCUCCCCCUGCGAUGCUGGCUGCAUGGAUUCCAUUGUUAAUUCCUCCACACCCAAGCAAGUGGUCUAUGUGAACUGCUCCUGUAUCCACACCAAGAAUGGACAGUCCUCAGCAAAGACAGGUUCCUGUCUGGUCAGCUGCUCCCAUUUACUCCUUCCUGUCGUAUUCCUCAUCUCAUUUGCUGCCCUGGUAGCCUGCCUGUCUCACAAUCCCCUCUACAUGAUGGUAUUACGGUUGGUGAACCAGGAUGAAAAGUCCUUUGCUAUUGGAGUCCAAUUCUUACUGAUGAGACUGUUAGCCUGGUUGCCUGCUCCAGCUCUCUUUGGUCUCAUCAUUGACUCCUCCUGCCUCCACUGGAAUAAGCAAUGCAGGAAGCGAGGAUUCUGCGCCUACUACAACAAUGACUUCCUUCGUAGCAGAUACAUAGGCCUCCAGAUGGGGUAUAAACUCCUUGGCAUUUUGCUGCUAGUCAUCAUCAACUGGCGGGUGAAGAAGAACAAGGAAUACAAUGUACAAGAGAAGGCAGCUGGCCUGGUCUAGCCAUGCCCUGCAAACGGACCCACGAGCUCACCCUUCCUAGCCUAUCCAUAUUUACUACCAGUACUUAGUCUUUUAGUUGUAUUUUGUAAGAAAACAACUCCAUAUUAGCGGCUGAUCUCUGAGCUCCAGAAUGCAAAUUGCUCUGUAACCCAGCUAUGCAGACCAUGGCCAGACAUCUUUGCACUUCCGAGGAGGGGAAUGGAGAACAAACUGGGCUUUCGGGGGCCAACUGUUUACCAUAAAUGGCCAAUCAGUGUUACAAAACAAAGUGUCCCCAAGGGGUACCAGUGUGGAUUUCCCAGGACAUGUGGAAAUGAAGAGCCAGUGGCUGAGAACCCAUUUAGGUUCCGAGAGUAAGCUGUUCUCUGGCAGAGCGUCAUGCAUCCCCAAAGAAAAGGGGAUUUUCUUUUCGUUUUCCAAAGGAGAAAUAGAAGAGGGGUCUGGCCUGUGGGGAGGAGCCCCUGGACUGCCCCAAGAGCAUCUAUCCUCUUGGAAGACUUUGAACAUGCAGGAAUGGCAAGUGGGAAAAAUUCUACUUGGGGUAAAUCUGUUACAGCUGCGAAAGCCGUGUGUAUAGGCUGGGGAAGGGGGACAAGGAGCGAGAGCCCUGUCCCACCACUCCAGAAAUUCCUGUCCACCCACUGUAUCUGUGAAAGAGCUUGCUUCAGUCCAAUGUAUUCUAUCCCAUGCCAUGUAAGCAAUGCCUGGCCUGGUGGGGGGACCAGAGGAGGGAGUGGGGGCCAGUCAUAGCAUUAGCAUCAAAGAAAUGUAUAGUCUCUGCUCAGAGAUCUUUUCCCCUCCCCCUCACACACAGGCCAGCGUGGACAAAGGUAGAUGAACUGUAUGAAGUUAGUGCUAGUAGUUUACUGUGCAAUGUCAUGUUUUUAAAUAAAACCCACGUUUACUAC